AUUCGUCUGUCAAACCGGUUUCAUCAAUGAUCGUCACAUUUUUCUGUUAAUCGUUUGAAAUAAGUAUAUUAUGCCUAUGCCUGUGUCCACUUUAUAUUCAUUAUUUUAUCAUCGGUGAUUCGUUAAAUCAAUAGAAUUAAGAAUGAGUUCAGUUGUUGCGUUUUGAGUACACUAUACUGAUCGCGAUUUUUUCUCAUUCGAUUUUUUUCCUGGAAAUAUCGGUUUUAUUUAGAGAGAUAGUAUGAACUGUAUCCUACAUAGUAAACAGGCAUACCUACCUAAAUAUCAACAUACAAGUGAAAGAUGAACGCGUAAAGAUUUUUUCCAAGCACCAAAACGAAAAAAUGAUCAUGUUUGGGCACAAGUCGUUCAAUUUUAUAAUAUUCGUACUUUUUGUAAAUUUGACUAAUGGAAUCCUAUUAACAACAAAACAAGGAAUUCUGAAAGGUGAAGUUUCUAAGAGUAGAUCAGGUAGAACAUUUUACACCUUUUAUGGCAUCCCAUAUGCAGAGCCUCCUGUGGGGAAGUUACGGUUCCAGAAUCCGAUCCUCGCUCAACCAUGGGAAGGUAUAAGAGAUGCUACUGUUUUACCACCUUCUUGCAUUUAUCAUUACUUUGAAGCAGGCGUUAUUGGCCAAGAAGAUUGCCUUUAUUUGAAUGUUUAUACCCCAAAAAUUACAAAUGAAACUUUGCUACCCGUAAUGGUACUCACAUUUGGUGGUCGUUUUAUGUAUGGAGAUGCUUUACCUCAUAGAUAUGGACCCCAUUACUUAAUGGACAGAGACGUUAUUCUGAUUACGUUUCAUUACAGAUUAGGAAUUCUAGGAUUUCUUAGCACUGAAGAUGAAACAUUACCGGGGAAUUACGGUCUGAAAGACGGAGUCGCUGUGCUACAAUGGGUACAAAAGUACAUCGCUGAUUUUGGAGGAGAUAAGGAUAGAGUGACAAUAUUCGGAGGUAGUUCUGGGGGUAUGACAACUUCGUUGACGUUACUUUCUCCUCUUGCAAAAGGUUUAUUUCAUCGUGUUAUUUCUCAAAGUGGGGACCCUUUCAGUUUCGACCUAUGCUAUCAGGGAAGAUUGGCUGCUUGGAAACUUGGUUCUAUGGUUGAUUGUACUGGAGACGAUGUUAAAACUUCGGAUGAUUUAGUGAAGUGUCUGAAAAGCAUUCCAGCUGAAGAAUUAGCUUCUCAUAACAAUGAUUUCUUCACCCAUGGAAUUAUGAUACCAUCGAUGCCAUGGAGCCCGAUAAUAGAAAGUGAAAACGUUCCUGGAGCUUUUCUAGUCGACGAUCCUACAAAAUUAAUCCAAAGAAAUUCAGACAUUCCUUGGAUGAUGGGAAUGAAUUCUGAUGAAGGAGGCAUGAUGGCCUUAUUUCAGUAUUUUCGCCCGGAUUGCACAGCUUUAUUGGAUGAAUUGAAUGAAAAUUACAAAGAGCUAUUUCCUUUAAUAUUCGGAUAUGGGUGUCACGUUAAAGAUCCUGAGCGACUGGACUUCAUAACAGAAACAUACAAAAAACAUUAUUUUGGUGAAAACAACAUCUCCCAAGACGCCUAUGGUUUCUCAAAGAUGUUUUCAUCGCUAAAAUAUCUGUGGUUCACAAAAAAAUCCAUGGCAUUGUAUCAAGGACCAAAAUACUUUUAUUAUUAUGAUCACAAGAAUGAAGAAUCAUUUGCCAAGACAAUGAUCCCCAACGCCAGUGUUGAAUUUGGCGUUAUUCAUGGAGAUGAGCUCAUCAGCUUAUUCAAUUGGUCUUCUGAGAUAACACCAGUUACCAAGGGUGUGGAUUUAAUUGUUUCUGAACAAAUGCUCGACUUAUGGACUAAUUUUGCUGCUAAUGGAGAUCCAAAUUAUAAAGAUAAGCGGAUUUGGGAUCCUGUCGAAUCGAGCAAUUUGAAUUAUUUGCAUAUACAAGGAGGAACGCUUCAAAUGAAGAAUGAGUUUAUGAAAGAAGAAUCUGAAUUUUUAGAAAAUAUUCUUGGUGAGAGCUGAAAGUCAUUUUUAAAUGUGGAUAUCAAUAAAAAAAAUACAACAAAGAAGCAAUGCUGGUUCAUUUUUGUUGAGGCGAACGAUGAACUACCCAAUCGAUCAGAAUAAAAAUGAGUUUUUGAAAAGUAUGUUGGUAGGUAAUUGAAACCUACUUAUGUGGUAUUUCUUUCAUUUUAUGAAUGUCUAUUUAAGAAUGUCUAUUUGAUUUCCUGUGAAAAUAUAACUUUGUUGUUUUGUUUUUUGCAAAAA